GUCCAUUCUCUCAUCGCUCCCACAAUGCUUCAUGCGCCAUUUUGCACUAAUGUUUUGAUCUAUCUUUUCAAUCUGCGUUCACUGCUUACUGUUUGUGGCAUUAGUUUGCCGUCAUAUUAGUGUUUUCAGUUACCUGAAUAUAUGUGCUCCUGGGAUAUAUAUAAUAAUUGAUACAACAUGACGAUUUUACCUAAGAAAAAUACGUCGAAAGAGAAAAAGGACUCAAAACAAGGAGAGAACCACCACUCACACUCUCAACAUAAUUCAAGUAGUGAACACAGGUCAAGUGGAGGAGCUCGCCCGAAGUGUAGGAAUUCGCCUCCACGGUGGUUAUCCAGUAAUUCUAGGGAGGAACGGCACUCUUUAAAUGAAAGUAGAUUAGCGUUUCGAGAAAACUAUGAAAGUUAUGAAAGAACAAAUCGACCACAGAGUGCGAAAAGGGCACGCCACAGGUCAUCCCCUCAUCGUGAACAUGUAGUGGGAGGGGCAAGGACAAGCACAAACAGCAGCAGUAGCAGAUUGGAAGAAGAAAAUGAACAAAGGGAUGCAGAAGCUAGCUUAGGAUAUGAGGAAAGAAAUAGUGAGGAUGAAUAUGAUCUGUCUUCCUGCUCAGAGCAAGAGUUCGAUGAGUUGGAAGUGAGGUUUGAGAAGUUAGUGCAGCAAAGACGAGGUCUCAUUAUCAAGAAGAUGGUUCCUGAUGGUGGUUGUCUCUUCAGGGUUGUUGCUGACCAAGUUUAUGGUGAUCAGGAAUGGCAUUCAAUCGUUAGACAGCAUUGCAUGGACUAUAUGAUGAAAAAUGCUGAUUAUUUCUCACAGUUUGUCACUGAGGAUUUUACAACUUAUAUUAAUAGAAAGAGACUAAAUGAUUGCCAUGGAAACCAUGUUGAAAUGCAAGCUAUGUCUGAGAUGUAUAAUAGAAACAUAGAAGUCUUUGUGUACAGUUUAGAGCCAAUUAAUACAUUUCAUGGAAUAAAUGUAACAGGAAAUGCACCUAUACGUGUUAGUUACCAUCGAAACAUUCAUUACAACUCAAUGGUGGACCCUUACAAGGCUACGAUAGGAGUCGGACUUGGACUGCCGUCUUUUAAACCUGGGUUGGCCGAUCGUACCCUGAUGAAAGAUGCAAUAAAAAUGUCAGAAAAUACUGCUAUCGAGCAGACAAUGCUGGAGGACAAAGUCGCUGCCACUGACUGGGAAGCAACGUCGGAGGCCAUCGAGGAACAGGUCGCACGUGAAUCCUACCUACAGUGGCUUAAGGACAAUGAAAAAAGAGCAACAAAAAACACAUCGAGCACUGCCAGUGCUACUUGUAGUUCAGCCCCUGUUGAUCCGCCCCAUCGUCGGGACAUGGCGGAAGAGAGCCACCACAGAGGGGGACUAUCACCACGGCAUAGAUCUGGAACAUCUUCAGACCCUAGUUGUUCAACCAGUUACCACGACCAGACAAAACAUGCAGGGUCACCGCCUAGAAGUCCGUUGGCUAGCACUAGCGGCUCAGUUGCAAUGCAAGAUACUGCCAGUAGUAGUGAAUCAUCGCUUUCCUCACUAGCGUGCUCCAGACUAUGUGCGGCCCCAAGUACAAGCGAAGGUGCUCAGGCACCCGAGAAUCAAAUGCAAAACAUAUCACCAGGAGAUUUUGGGUAUUUAGCAUGGGAUACAGAAGACGCAAUAGUUGCGUCAAUACUAGCGCAGUCUCAACAAGAAUAUUUUGACAGCUUGAAAAGAACUGGACCGAGCUAAUGCAUUGUCGCCGUAGCAUUUGAAUCAGAAAUUAAUAUUUAAACCAUGCUGAACAGGAGAUUACAAAUAGAAUAGUGAAAAGUGGGAAAUAAAUAGUUACCAAUUUUUUGAAAAUUUAAAGCAUUUUAUGAAUAAUUUUAAUUUAUAUUUCUUUUAUUGAUGCAGAAAUACUUAUAUAUAAAUUAGUAUUUACUGGUAAUAGUUUGGUAUUGCUAAUUUGAGCUUUUGUUCUUAAGAUAUGUUUACACUAUCUAGUUUAAUGUGACAUAUACAUGUGGUUUGUCCCUAUAUGGGUGUGAUGUGACAUCAUGCCCAUAUAUGGGUAAUUCACAGAUUUACUUGUAAUACUUUUCUAUUGCUAAUUUGAGCUGUUGUUCUGAAGCUGUGUUCACACUAUGCAGUUUAAUGUGAAAAAUACCUGUCAUUUGCCCAUAUAUGGGUGUGAUGUGACAUCAUCAUGAUAAUUCACAGUUAUUCGUCACAGUUGGAUAGUGUGGACAGAGCAUUACUCUUUGCUAAGUUGUAGAUAACACACUUUCAUAAUUAUAGCAUGCUUUUCCCUGGUUGUUUUUUAAACUUAUUUACUUUAGUUCAUGUGAAAUUUGAUGUAGGUAAGUUCUAGAAGUUGUCAGUUCAGUGAUUACCUAUAUGUUUUUUUUCUCAAUCCAUGCCACUACUGUACACCUAUAUACUGUAUUAGCUUCAGAAAUUCUUCUACUGGAAAUGGAGAAUAAAAUCCUAGUUUAUGCCUGUUAAUACCUAUUCUGUAGUUACGAUAUAUUCAGCACACAUAAGUAAACAAAAUGGUCAGCAGGGUGCCAAGCGAACACCAUGAACCGAGAGCCAAAUGCAAGAUGUGGGUAUCCUCUACACCCCUGUCCAAAAUAAAUACAGUAUAAGAUAGCCUAUAUAACUUUUUUAAAAUAUGGUAGUGUUAAGCACAAUUGCAAUUAAGGAAAGUACAUUUUUAAAAUUAUUAUUUAACAUCUAUGAUAUAGCUUGCUAAUGAAGGGUGUUUCACAUAACGAAAUUCCAUAAUUAUGGUAUUCUAGUUACAUAAUAUAUUCAUAUUCAAUAAUUUUCCAGAACAACCUGUAAACAAUGCAUAAAGUAAUGCAAGUGAAGUGCAUAUUGUCCUUUGCAAUGUGUUCAUUUUUUCAAUAUUAACUCCAGACUUUUGCAAGUUCUAUUAGUUUUCUGUGUUAUAAUUAUUUAUGAUAGUCAGCUGGCAAGUCCUGGAUAAUGGAGGUUAGGUACCCUAACACCUUUGUUCUUUCAUUUUAUAAUAGAAACAUUAAUGUAUGUUAACAUAGAUCUACGCUGUUGCUGUACAGUAAGUCUGAUAUUUCUGCAGUUUGUGCAAUUUUGCAAUGAAAUCUUUUUUUUAUUUGCAUCCAACUUGUUUGUUUAUAUAAUACAUCUGCUUUUAUUGGGACUUGGCCAUUGGAUAGUAAUUCAUUUACUUGAGGUAUCUGUAAUGAUCCAAACCCGAAAUGCAAAGUUUGAAUGUGGUUACAUUAUCUGUGUAUUUCUUGAGCCUGCUGCACACACAAGUAAAUAGUUUUCCAGUUAUUCGUGGCGAUUGACGAAGCUGUUUACUUGCAAGCAAGCAGACUUUAAUUGCUGCACAGGAGUAAAACCAAUCUGCAUGUUAAACAUGACAUGCAGAUUGCAAACAAAAAGUUUUCAAAUACAGUUGAACUUGCCAAAGUCGAAUCCAAAAUGCCAUUGAAAAAUUGUUUUGACUUAGAUAAAAUUUACUGUUAAUUAAUGGAAAACACAACAGUUUGCCAUAUAAAAUAAGUUUGUUUUGACUUAGAUAAAAUUUGACUUACAGAGAUUGUUAAUUAAUGGAAAUAACAACAGUUUGGCAUGUAAAACAAUUUUGACUUAGAAAUUAUUCAAGUUAGGCGAAGUCGACUUCGGCGAGUUUAACUGUACUAAAUUUUUUCAGAUACGGUUUCAACUUUCUAUUAAUUUUAAUGUAUCUUGCCUAUCAGAAAAUACAUGGUCAGUAAUGAUAGUUUGUAUAUGUGGCCUGCUCUGGGUUUUGUGGUCUCCCUCUUUGUUAAUAUAUUUGUUAAUAUAACGAUACAAUACUAUUACCACUGACAUUAAUUUUAUUCAGAUACUGUAUAUCAAUUGUUCCUCAAUAAUUUUAAAUAAUUAUCAAUAAAAAUCAUUAGUGGUAUGUAAUGAAA